AUGUCCUCCCGCACACCCACCUCGACACACACCUUCACCGGCCCACCUGGCCCCGCACCCCCUGUUAUCAGCACACCCUCCCCGCCAGCGUCUUCCUCGCUCCCCUCCCCACCCGCCCCCCGCCACCACAACCCCAACCUCCGCCUCCCCCCCGCCCCCGCGCCCCAUUACCUCCCCACUACACUCACCCCUCCCCCAUCCCCCCUUGCCAACUCCAGCCACCCCCCACCACACCUCCCCUUCACUCCGCCCCCGCCUCUCUCCAUCCCCCUGCGCAGCCCCCCCCCCAGCCCCCCUCUAACCCUCAGACACCCAACCCCGCCCCUCCCCCACUCCCCCACCCACUCCCCUUCCCCCUCCUCCUACCCCCUCGCCACGCACCACUCUCCCGCUCCCCCCGACCUCACCACCACCGGCCCAGCCCUCCCCGCCUCACCUCACACAGUUGCCACCCCUCUCCCAGGCCCCCCACUCACCUCACUCCACCCCCCGGCCCCCCCACCACCCUCCCUCCCCUGCCUCCAUCCCUCCUCUCCCCCCACUCGCCUCCCUGCCCCCACCAAUCGGACCCCACCCACCUCAUCCUCCCACCCGCACAUGGACACCCCUCCCCUCCUCUCCGGCGCCCCACUCCUCCCACCCCCACUCCUCCCCCCUCACCCAGCCUACACAACCAUCGCACGCCCGCCCCAUGCGCCCCCUCAUUUAAGCUCCCCACACACUCGUCCCCCGCACGCCCCAUACCCCCUCACCACACCCACCCCCACCAACCACUUGAGACCUCCCCUUCCUCACCACCCCCACUCCCUCCUCACCCUCCCCUGCCACACCCGGCGGCACCCCCUUCGACACCACACCACGCCCAAGCCACCUCUCUCGCCUUCCCCACACUCCGCUCGGACAACCGGCCCCCCCACCUCCACCCCCUCUGCCCCCACAGCCCCACCACAACACAACACCCGCACCCGACGCGCGCACCGCUCCGCCCCCUCCUUCGCCACACCCCCGCGACAACCCCCCUCCCUGACCCCCCCUCUCGGCACACGCCGCCAUCACCCCCCCUCACCCCACGACAGCCCCACCCGCCCCGGCACACAGCCCCCCACACCCCCCUCCCCCCGCCCCCACGCGCAAGCCGCGAAUGCCCACCCCCUGCUCGAUCCGAUCUCGCCAACCACCACACCCGCUCCGCCACCCUGCACUGACAACGAUGCACUCCCCUCACGCGCCACCAACCGCACUCGCAGGCCCACAAACCGCGACAACCCUACAUCGACCUCAGCGCGAACCGACCCACCCCCGCCUCCGCUACGCCCGACCCACGCUCCUAGAUGCCCGCCCAGUAUCGUAGAUGAAUGGGAAGACCAGGACACCCCUCGCCUGCCCACCCCCCACGCACGCACCCGCCCAUACCCCCCCCGCCUCCCUCCCCACCCCGACCACCGCCCCCCCACGCCUCCCACCCCGCCGACAGGACACACCGCACCACCCUCAACCCCUCACGCCCACCCAUGCCACCCCGGCCCCCAGCACACCCUCCCCGCAUCCGCCACGCCGCCACCUCAGCCCCCCCAACACUCGCCAACCCCCCCCCGCUCACACCCGUACCCGCUCGCCCGCCGCCCCUCCCGUCCGCCCCACCCAGAUGACCACCCCCCACCUACACCCACGCCCGCCCCUCCCCGCACCCCCUAUUAUGAGAUGUGGGAAGACAGGACAAGGAUCGUAGAUGAUGUGGGCGCCCUCUCCACCACGGCUCACCCGAUCGCCCCCACCGCACCCCACACGCACACCUCCCUCCCCCCGCACUCCGCAGCGCCCCGCACCUACCACCCCCACCCGCGUCCAGGACCCCGCCACCAGCCGCCACGCGCGAUGUGGAAGACGACCAUACCCUUCUCACCUGCCCUCACUGCGUCUUCCUCGCUCCCCUCCCCACCCGCCCCCCGCCACCACAACCCCAACCUCCGCCUCCCCCCCGCCCCCGCGCCCCAUUACCUCCCCACUACACUCACCCCUCCCCCAUCCCCCCUUGCCAACUCCAGCCACCCCCCACCACACCUCCCCUUCACUCCGCCCCCGCCUCUCUCCAUCCCCCUGCGCAGCCCCCCCCCCAGCCCCCCUCUAACCCUCAGACACCCAACCCCGCCCCUCCCCCACUCCCCCACCCACUCCCCUUCCCCCUCCUCCUACCCCCUCGCCACGCACCACUCUCCCGCUCCCCCCGACCUCACCACCACCGGCCCAGCCCUCCCCGCCUCACCUCACACAGUUGCCACCCCUCUCCCAGGCCCCCCACUCACCUCACUCCACCCCCCGGCCCCCCCACCACCCUCCCUCCCCUGCCUCCAUCCCUCCUCUCCCCCCACUCGCCUCCCUGCCCCCACCAAUCGGACCCCACCCACCUCAUCCUCCCACCCGCACAUGGACACCCCUCCCCUCCUCUCCGGCGCCCCACUCCUCCCACCCCCACUCCUCCCCCCUCACCCAGCCUACACAACCAUCGCACGCCCGCCCCAUGCGCCCCCUCAUUUAAGCUCCCCACACACUCGUCCCCCGCACGCCCCAUACCCCCUCACCACACCCACCCCCACCAACCACUUGAGACCUCCCCUUAAAGCUUCCUUUUUCUGCCUUUCUUCCCCGCCGCACACGCUCUGCCUCAGCCUCUCCCGCCCCCCCCACCGCGCCCCCCGAUCUCUCUCACGCAUACUGGCGGCCCUCUGCCCCGCCCACUCAUACCCACCUCCUCCGCGCCUCGCACGCCCCUCACCCACCUCCUCCCCACGUCCCCCCAGACACCGACUCCCACUCCGCCGCGCCCCACAGCGCUACCCCCUCCGCCCCCCUCUCCCCGCGCAGUGUCCUGUCGCCCUGCCCCACGAGCCCACAGCCGACCUCCUCACCACCCCCACUCCCUCCUCACCCUCCCCUGCCACACCCGGCGGCACCCCCUUCGACACCACACCACGCCCAAGCCACCUCUCUCGCCUUCCCCACACUCCGCUCGGACAACCGGCCCCCCCACCUCCACCCCCUCUGCCCCCACAGCCCCACGUCUCACCCACCUUCCCCCUCUCUCCCCUCCGCCCCCCCACAACACAACACCCGCACCCGACGCGCGCACCGCUCCGCCCCCUCCUUCGCCACACCCCCGCGACAACCCCCCUCCCUGACCCCCCCUCUCGGCACACGCCGCCAUCACCCCCCCUCACCCCACGACAGCCCCACCCGCCCCGGCACACAGCCCCCCACACCCCCCUCCCCCCGCCCCCACGCGCAAGCCGCGAAUGCCCACCCCCUGCUCGAUCCGAUCUCGCCAACCACCACACCCGCUCCGCCACCCUGCACUGA